GACCGGUUUAGUCGUUCUUCAGUCUCCGCACAGUGAGCAUCGUACGCACGAACCGCGCCUCCAGACCUCGUCCGCCGCUUUCGUCGCCGUUCCAGGGCUCGUCGGUCGUCGUUACUGAAACUACAGAGCCGUCGUCAGCCGACUUGGCCAGCAAGGCCAAUAACAUCCGCCGGAUUGCCGUCGCCUUUUUGUGGAUACGCAGACUCUCCUCCCGCAGCAUCUCGCAGCCAAACUUCCGCGUGUGUGAUACCCAGUACCGAUCACAGUGUUGUACCCAGUGUGCCCACGCUUCCAAGGAACUAUACCCACGAGUAUCUCGCAAAAUUGCCCGAACAAGUGCCUUACAAUAUCCCUGCUCAAUGUCCGUAACCUCCUGAUCGGUUUUCCGCCAAAAACCACCCGAAUUUCCCAACCCAGCAGCCCACCCAGCAGCCCGGAUAAAUCUCGAGUGUGCUUCGCCGAGUGUCCUGUCAGCCAAAUAUAUGGUAAUGGCAGAGAUUGGUGGCCAUUUGGCUCACCAGCUACCGUUGCACAAUCACAACCACAAUCAAACUGGAUUACAGCCAUCGCUGGUGAUGAACCAUCACCUGGAUUUGGAUUGCCACGGACACGAUGUGAUAAAAAAACAACGACUGUCGCACUGCGUGGGCUGUGGUGGCCAGAUCCACGACCAGUACAUCCUGCGCGUGGCUCCCGAUCUCGAGUGGCAUGCAGCGUGUCUAAAGUGCCAGGAGUGCAGGCAGUUCCUGGACGAGAGCUGCACGUGCUUCGUCCGCGACGGGAAGACCUACUGCAAGCGUGAUUAUGUUAGAUUAUUUGGUACAAAAUGUGAUAAAUGCGGCAACUCCUUCAGCAAAAACGAUUUUGUGAUGCGGGCCAAAACGAAAAUCUUUCACAUCGAGUGCUUUCGCUGCUCGGCAUGUGCCCGUCAACUGCUGCCAGGUGAUGAAUUCGCGUUACGCGAUGCCGGGGCUUUGUACUGCAAGGAGGAUCAUGAUGUGCUGGAGAAAUCGUCGCAGAGCAGCCUAACCUCGUCUUCGGUGGAGAGCAACAACAAUAUUAGCAGUAGUAACAACAACAACACCAACCUUAGCAAUAACAACCAUUCCAGCGAACUGGGUUCAAUGUCAGAUUCUGGAAGCGAAUCGGGCUCACACAAAAGUAUUAGGGAGAAGAGGCCCUCGGGUCCCUCGGAUGGCAAGCCCACAAGAGUUCGGACCGUGCUCAACGAGAAACAGCUGCAUACGCUCAGAACCUGCUACAACGCUAAUCCGCGACCUGACGCCCUCAUGAAGGAGCAGCUGGUGGAGAUGACGGGCCUGUCGCCCCGAGUCAUCCGCGUGUGGUUCCAGAACAAGCGCUGCAAGGACAAGAAGAAGACCAUCCAGAUGAAGCUGCAGAUGCAGCAGGAGAAGGAGGGUCGCAAGCUGGGCUACGGCGCCAUGCAGGGCAUCCCCAUGAUCGCCAGCUCCCCGGUCCGACACGACUCACCACUGAACCUGCAGGGUCUGGACGUGCAGACAUAUCAACCGCCGUGGAAAGCCUUAAGCGACUUCGCCCUGCACGCCGAUCUAGACAGUAACGGCGCGAUCAACACGCACACGCCAGCCUUUCAGCAACUGGUCAAUCAGAUGCACGGGUACGACCUGAACGGAAUGCCCGUGCUCCCGCCACACCCGCAAUCGCACUCGGCGCAGGGUCCGCCGCAUCAGCACCCACCGCCUCCCGGCGGACCGCACAAUCACCAGAACUCGAACCAGCAGCCAGGAGGGCAGCCGGGGCAGGGUAGCAGCCUGGACUCCGGGAUCACGUCGCACUCGCACCUCAGCAACCACCCGGAUAGCACCGACUCGUACGUCACGUACCUGGAGAGCGAUGACAAAUCCAAACUGGCGCUGACCCCAUCAUCUCUGUCCUCAUCGGCCUCGGCGGCCACAUCGAUCUCCUCCCCGCCGUCGGGUGGGGGAGGCGGCGGAGCUGUGGGUGGAGGGGCUGGUGCUGGUUUCGUGGGCUUGGGGGUGGGAGUAGGAAUGCUGCCGAACAAUCAGUCGGCCACCGAGCAGCUUAUGCAAAUGCUCCAAAAAGUGACUGGCUCCACGUCCCCGGCCUCGCAUGCAGUGAUUUAAAGUUGCAGGGAGUUCAGUCCAGCUUCCCAGUCUCCUAGUCUUACUUUGUAAACACUUUAAAAAUAUAUUGUAAAGAAAUUAAAGUAUAUUCGGCCACAAUAUCCGAUGAGCUGUGCCUCAUAAAGGAUACUGGUUGUUAACUCUUUUGUUUUAAGUUAAAAAAUGAUUUUCUGUACGAGCUAGGAUCGUUGGACUGUUGGACUCUGGGUUAUGUGCAAUUGUUUGAUUUGUUUUAGUAUUCUACUCUCACCCAACUUACUUGUAUUAUGUGUGUUUAGUUUUAUCUGUUUGAUUCGGUGCCAAAAAUAGUCUGUAAGCCGUUGGCUUCUGGGAGAUGAUGUUGCUCUGGCUCUCCGGCUCAGUUGGAAUUUUGUUAUGUAAAGUACACCUCUGUUGUUGCGUUUUUGAAAAACUCGAUUCGAAAUUCGAUAAACAAAUGCUCACUCACUUGAAAAGUUUUAACAAUAGUUUUUGCCACGAAACAAAGAUUAUGAUAACGUUACUUCGCAUCAAGUAGGGAACUUCACUAAAAGUAAAAUUGUAAAUAAAAACCAUAAACAUUCAAAGUGUGUAUUACGUGGGAAGUGGAGCCUAGGAAGUAGGAUCGUCCUGACCACGCACUGGGCCACCACGGCCGAUCGAAUGACAACAAAAAACCAUAUACGUUUAAGUUCGUAAAUCCUAUGGCAGAAAAAAAAAAUAAAUAAUUGCAAAAGGGAACCUUGUAUAAGUAAGAAAGAGAAACUGUAACUAAAUUUAGACUUAUUUGCUAGUUUUAAAAAUUUCCGAAAUGCAUUAAAAAAGGAAAGGAAUGAUCCGAGUAGGAGGUAGGAGGGGAGGGAAAGAAAAGGUACCAAGGAUGUUUAUAAAUUGUUUCGUAAAACAACUAAUGUAUUUUCAAUAAUAUUUAACUAAUAUUAAU